CGCCGCAGUUAGCCUGAUGUUUCUCAGUCGGGGAGUUCACACACAACUACUUGGCAGAGGAAUGCAGCACUCGUAGCCAGCCGUACUGAAAUCUGAAGGCGUUACUCCCAUCAUCAUCAUAAGAGUCAGCACACCAUGGCUGGCUUCAGGCAAGAGGAUGUUGAGUUGUACUACGAGAUGGGAGAGGAGCUGGGGAGCGGACAGUUUGCCAUCGUCCGUAAGUGCAAGGAGAAGAGCACAGGCGUCGAGUACGCAGCCAAGUUUAUCAAGAAGCGGCGCCUGUCGUCCAGCCGGCGGGGGGUGAGCCGCGAAGAGAUCGAGCGCGAGGUCAACAUCCUGCGCGAGAUCCAGCACAGCAACAUCAUCACCCUGCAUGACAUCUUUGAAAACAAGACGGACGUGAUCCUGAUCCUGGAGCUGGUGUCUGGAGGAGAGCUGUUCGACUUCCUGGCAGAGAAAGAAUCUCUGACUGAGGAGGAGGCCACGCAGUUUCUCAAGCAGAUCUUGGACGGCGUUCAGUACCUCCACUCCAAACGCAUCGCUCACUUCGACCUCAAGCCUGAGAAUAUCAUGCUGCUGGACAAGAAUGUCCCCAACCCCAGGAUCAAGCUGAUAGAUUUUGGGAUCGCUCAUCAGAUCAAAGCAGGAAACGAGUUCAAGAACAUCUUUGGAACACCAGAGUUUGUUGCACCAGAAAUAGUCAACUAUGAGCCACUUGGACUGGAGGCAGACAUGUGGAGCAUUGGUGUCAUCACGUAUAUUCUGUUGAGCGGUGCCUCGCCGUUUCUGGGCGAGACCAAACAAGAGACGCUGACCAACAUCUCAGCUGUCAACUACGACUUCGAUGAGGAGUAUUUCAGCAACACCAGCGAGCUGGCGAAGGACUUCAUACGCCGUUUGCUAGUAAAGGAUCCUAAGAAAAGAAUGACCAUUGAUGACAGUCUUGAGCACCCCUGGAUUAAGGUCAUUAAGAGGCGGAAUGUACGCCAGGAGGACAGAGAUCACAAGACUGAGCGCCGACGCCUGAAGACUACUCGUCUCAAGGAGUAUACCAUCAAGUCCCACUCCAGCAUGCCUCCAAACAACACGUACGCCAACUUUGAGCGCUUCUCCCAGGUGCUCGAGGAGAUUGCGGCAGCUGAGGAAGGCCUGAAGGAGUUGGAGCGCAACCAGCGGUCUUGCCGCGAGGAUGUGGCAGCGCUGCUAUCGAUAUAUGAGGAGAAGGAGGGGUGGUACAAGGAAGAGAACCAGAGCAUCUCUGGCGACCUGAACCACAUUCGCCAAGAGCUGCAGCGCACGCAGACGCAGCGCAAGAAGUGCCAGGAGGACGCACGGGUCACUAUGCAGUCGGCCAACAUCCUCAAGCGCAAGUUCGGGCGCCUGGAGAACCGCUACGAGGUCCUGGCCGAGCAGGUGGCCUCCGAGGUCCGCUGGGUGGAGGAGCUGGUGAAGUCAAUAUCGGCAGAGAAGGACGGCCUCAGCUCUGGCAGCACGCCGUGAGCGGCGCUGACAUCCAGCAGUGAGGGUUUCAUCAUCAAGCUUUAAUCCUGCCCGUCAUCUCCGCUUGUGCACCACACAGCAGAGUUUGAGAGGGUCAGUCGUCAUCAUAAGCUACGCCGCCGCUGUCGCCCAUCAGAAAGGAAAAAAAAUAAAUAAAUCUACUACUUUUAUGUCACGUUUGAGAGAACAAGAAGCAGGGAGGCAACAUGUGGAAGCCAUUCCUCUUUGAAAAAUCAUUCCUGUGUCAAUGAAUUUAUUUAUAUUUUUACUAUUUUCAUGUACUGUAAUUCAGCUGUUUGCUUGUUUUGGGGUUGUUUUUGUUUUUUACACAUAGAAAUGAAUUCAUUUGUUUACUUGGUUAUUAUUAUACCUGGUUAUUAUUUUAAAAACUGGUCUUAACUUCCUGUUGCUUUAAAAGCCUUCGCUAUCCCAUCAUCUGUUCCUGCCUCAGGUCACAUGAGAAAGCUUCACAAUAUUCGGUGUAUAGUUUCAGGUUUGUGAGGCAUUAGGUGGUCUUUAUUUUUUCCCUUUUUACAUUUCAAAUGACUUUAAAAUUCAUAUUUGGGAAGUGUAACUAUAAAUUAUGCAAACCCUCAGCACAAAAUAAAGUUUUAGGGCUUUAUUUUAAUGUCUGAUUAUUAUUAUUCUUUUAAUUUUAGAAGUUUAUUGAACAUUUCUGGGAAAAAUAAACUGAUUACAGAUCAAACAGAGGCAGUUUUUAGACUUUAGGGUUAGUUUUUUUGUGCACCUCAAAGACAUUUUUAAUGCAAAAGAAAUCACCAGCAAAGUAGUGCAAUAAUUAUUUUUAACCAGUUUUAUUUCAAUCAGAGACUUUGUGCAAAUGUUGCAAACGUUAUUUGUUAUCUUUUCCUUUGUUUUGCUUAAAGUCAAAAUAGUCUGGAAGAGAGUCUCUGUUUUAGCUGUAAUUGGUAUCAAAUUACAUGUUUUUUCCCAGUAAGUGUCCUAGGAAACAAUUUGUAAGUUGUUCAUGUUUCUUGGAUGAAAUGGAGCAGUGGGAAAACCAGAUCUGGGAAUGUAUAUACUUGUCUUUGCAGUGCCUGUAAUCUGAUUGACCUUAUUGCCUCUGUGAGCACUCAUCCGUCACCCAGUGAACAUCAUCUGCUCAGUGUCUUAAAACGCAGUGACUUUUGCACAAGCAGCCGUGUAAACCAAAUAGUGUGCAUGGAAACUUCGUACGUAUGCUCUAAAUCCCUGUGCACCUUAAAUGCUCCAUCGAUGAGUUCCACAUUCAGCCAACACAUUCCACAUGUACAGCAUAGAAGGCAUUGUUGUAUAAUCCGUAGUAUUUUUCUGUAGAGCAAUGUAUCCAUUUGCACUUAUGUGAGUGUAGAGGAAUUUUAAUGUAUUUUAAUCUGUCUGUUGAUGUAAGAAAGAGCUGUAAAACAUCUGUCCAGACUCGUUUCAAGCAAAUAAAACUGACAC